UACCUUGAGUAUUUACGAAAGACGCAUAAUAACAAAGAGUUGCAAAGUUGUUGAGUUAUUUGAAAGUUAUAAUGGCUGAUAUGGAGAUGCAGAGCAACAAAAUGUCAAUAACGGAGGAGACACAAGCGCCGACGCGCAAAGAAUGCGGAAAAAGGGGACGAAAACCAGGAAGAAAGACGUCUACUGAAAAAUUGGACAUCAAAGCCAAACUAGAACGCAGCAGACAAAGUGCCAGGGAAUGCCGGGCGCGCAAGAAGCUGCGUUAUCAGUACCUGGAGGAACUGGUGGCAGAUCGGGAGAAGGCUGUAGUGGCUCUGCGUACGGAACUGGAGCGCGUCGUUAAUUCAAUGGAAUAACCAGUUGAGCGAAAGCAACACUCCAACCAACAAUGACCAGUUACUUCAGGAACUCGGAAUCCUCAAACAAGAAUAACCUACAUUUUAAUUUUUAGCUUAAGAAUAUUACUUUUAUAAUAAAUGUACGACGGUUACUAUUUAUAUUAUUACGAAAA